CAAUUUUUGCUUCCAAGAAAACAAGAAGAAGAACCAAGAAUCAAGAAUGGCAGACUCAAACACCCACCUCGACUUCGCCGUCAACAACCACUUCUCCAUGCUCCGCCUCGAUUCCUCCUCCAAACCCCAUUCCUCCGCCGCCUUGAAACGCCCCUCUCCGCCUGCUUCCUCCCACCAACCCAACCCCAAGAAAGAGAAGCUCUCUCCUCCUCCUCCCCUCUUCCCCGGCUUUUCCAAAAUUACCCCUCUCCCUCCUCUCCCCAAAUCCCACUCGGGUCUUGCCCGAACCCGACCCCGCAACCCGCUCCUCCGCCGCUGCAUCUCCGACCCCUUCACCCCUCCUCGCCUUGAUUCUCUCUCCGCUCCUCCCGUCCCCGAUUCCAUCCUCUCUCCCGAGAACGACGUCACUGCCAUCACUUCCCCGCCGUCCGUGAUCUCCACGCGUCCGCCACCCCGCCCCACGCUCCACCGCACAGUCUCCGACCCCACCUCUUCCCCCGCCCCCAAAUCCGCCUCCCGCACUUCCUCCAGCUCCGGCGACGGCGACGACGAUACCCCCAACACUAAGAGGAGGCUUAAGAGGAUCAAAGAUCGGUUCAGAGAGAUGACGCUCUGGUUUGAACAAGUCAUGCUUGAAGAUGAAGAUGAUGAUGAGGAAAAAGUACCAGAAAUUCAACAAGAACAAGAAGAAGAGGAACAGAUUAUCAAUACUGAACCCACUGAUGACCAUGUCCAAGGUCUUGAAAACACUGCAGUCACUAAGGAGGAUUGUGAUCAAAAGAGGUUUGAGGAAUCGGUGAGUGUGGAGAAGGUUGGGGAGUGCAUUGUGAUCCAUUUCAGCUGCCACUGUGGGGUUCCCUAUCAGUUUCUUCUUGCUGGAGGUAACUGCUACUACAAGCUCAUGUAGUAGUGGACUGUGUGUGGGUAGAUUUCACUACUGACUUGACUAAGAGGACUCGUCAUUCGUUCGGUUUCUUUGCUUUAUCUGGUUUUCAGUUCAUACCCUUUUGGAAUUUAGAUGAAGCUAUAACUCUGUAAAGGAAUUCUUUUUAGAUGAAGCUUAUAUAAAACUUGAUUGGUUAUCAGCUUUAGUGUACUGCCCUUUUGUUUCGUUCCUUUGUUAGAAAUGUUUCGAGUCUGGAUUGGUCUAGUUGUUUUCAGAAGAAUCCUUCUUUCUUUGUUAAUGCCCAUUUCAGAUGAAGUGCUCUUGUAUUGGUUUCUGGGGGUGCCCUAAAAUGCUUUGUUGUAAUAUUCUA